AUGACGGCCGAUAUGAUCGUCAACGAAGCGGCCCUCACGGGGGUCCUUCAAGCGUCCGAGCAGGCGCGCGACCAGGCUCAGGCGCUCCUCCUGCUGACCGACCAGGUCAAGGACGGCUCCUCCUCGGCCGAGCUCCAAAACGAGAUCGCAAAGCAGCAGAAGAGCCUCUUUACCAGCAUAUCCUACCUCCGUGGCCUUCACAGAACCGCCUGCGUCUCCGCCCGCGAAACCAAGUCCCGCACCCUCGAGGCCAGGCAGGAGGUCGACCGGCUGCACCUACAGCUGCAGAACCUGUAUUACGAGCAGCGCCAUCUCCAGGGCGAAAUCUCCGCUUGCGAGUCAUACGACCACAAAUACCAGAAGCUUCCCCUCAUCCCCGUCGAAGAGUUCCUCGCCCAACAUGCCGCGCAUGCAGACGACGACGAAGACGAGCUCAUGGCCGCUCGGAUAGAUCACGAGCGUACCGAGCGCGAGUGUCUCGAGCAGCAGAGACAGGAGCUCCUCAAGCGCAAGCAGAAGCUCAUCGCCGACAACAAGCGUCGCAAGGAUGACCUUGCCAACCUGGACCAGGACCUCGAAAAGUUCAUCGACGCGGCGAAACCCAUCAUGGAGCUGUUCGAGAAGGCGCCGUAA